AUGGAGAAGCAGCAGCAGAUGAAGCACGCGGUCCAGCGCUGCAUUGAUGCACAGAAAGACGAGCUGCACAGUUUGAGUCAGGACAUUUGGAGCAACCCCGAGCUCGCUGGAAACGAGACACAGGCGCACGAUAGGCUGGUCCGCUUCUUCUCUCGGGACGACACAUGGACGGUAGACAGUCACUACAAGCUACCCACCGCAUUCCGGGCCGUCUGGGAUCUGGUCGGUGGUCGCAGGCGAGCACUGAACGUAGGCUUCCUCUGCGAGUACGACGCGCUUCCGCGUAUCGGACACGCCUGCGGGCACAACCUGAUUGCGGAGGUGGGAGCUGCAGCUGCUCUGGGGCUGAAAGCUGCUUUAGAGAACCAGAAUGAACUCCCUGAACCAGUUAAGAUAACAGUUUUGGGAACUCCUGCGGAGGAGGCUAUAGGAGGAAAGAUUGACCUGAUCAACGCAGGAGCCUUCGCUGGCAUGGACCUAGUCUUCAUGGCUCACCCCGCUCAGGAAGAUGCUCCAUACCUGCCCACUGUCGCUCUCGAUGAGGUGAUAGUGAAGUACUAUGGGAAAGCGUCUCAUGCUUCUGCGUACCCUUGGGAGGGACUGAAUGCCCUGGACGCUGCUGUGCUGGCCUACAACAACCUCUCUGCACUCAGACAGCAACUCAAACCAGAAUGGAGGCUUCAUGGCAUCAUCAAACAUGGAGGGGAGAAGCCCAACAUUAUCCCUGCCUACACAGAGUUGGAGUAUUAUCUGCGCACGCCGCUGGUGAAGGAUCUUUGUGACCUAAAGGCCAAGGCUGAGGCUUGCUUCAGGGCAGCUGCUGUUGCCACCGGCUGCCGAGUGGAGAUAAUCUACCCAUACAAUUGCUACUAUGACAUUCUGCCUAAUGCCACGCUAGCAAACCUGUUUAAAAAUAACGGAGAAGCUUUGGGGAUUCAGUUUCCGCAGCAGCCAAACAACUUUUCUGGUUCUACAGACUUUGGCAACGUAUCAUACGUAGUCCCCGGUAUCCAUCCUUUCUUCUACAUCUGCACCGAAGCGGUAAACCACACUGAGGAGUACGCCGCAGCAGCAGGAGCUGAAAAGGCCCAGUUGUUCACCCUGAGGACUGCCAAAGCCCUGGCUAUGACAGCUGUGGAUGUAGUUUGCUGCCCCGAUCUGCUGCGGAAAGUGAGAGAAGACUUUAGCCACGCCAAACUGAAACAGGGGAAACACCUGGAAGGCUUGGAUAAAUCUUUGACGGCUCCAUAAAUACGAUAAUAUGAAUAGUAGUAAUUGAUUCCUAUGGCUUGUAUGGUUACUUUUGAAGGAUCGAGCUUAAAGAAAUACAUGAAUAAUAAUGACUUUAUUCAGGACAUCACAAAGAGAAGGUGCAAGGAUGUACUAAAUAAAAUCAAAUAAUAUAAAAAAUAUUCCAAAAAAUACUUAAACACUAGUAAUAUUUACAUAAGCAGCUUCGUCAUAUUAAAAGAGAAUUAGCAAACUGCACCAGCAGGAAAAAUGCAUGGAAACUUCCACUGAAAUACCACCUUCUUGAAUUGGAGAGUUUAUUCCCAAUAGACUAGAUCUUGUCGAAGUUCAAAACCUUUAACAUUAAAAUGAUUGUAAAGAUAAUCGUUUUACGUCUAAGUGCUGUUUGCUUUUAGUGCUAAUUAACAAAUGUUAUUAUGCUUUAACUAAGAUGUGUUGAGUUUCAGCUCCAAGCAUACCUGUGCCAAGUUGCUUUCAUGGCUGUAGACUUAGUUUUGAGGAGUCUUUAUUAACCUAUACAUCAAGAACCACAAUUGAAAUAACCAUAAAAUGUAUUUAUCUUUGACAUUUUUGUACUGGCGAUUUGAUACUCUGUAUAUAAUUGUACAAUCAGUAGAGAAUGUAAUCAACACUUUUGAACAUAUCUCAUACAUGACCCGAAUAGAAAAUGACUUUGCUUUGAGUUCUGCCUGGCAGUGCCAUUCGCUACCUCACUCCUUCAGAUUUCUCAGCAUGUUUUCAACAGCAGCACAAAGGUCGACUCAAACGUUUGCUUCCCUUGAGCUCCUUUGAGAGAUCACAAAUGUGGUGUAAAAAUCCGGUUGUGGCCAUCUUUUUGGAUGCUUUCUUCUUUUCAUUUCUCUCUGCUGCAGGGAUUCAAGGAUAACGGUGCACACAGCUUGAAUUGUCAGCUUGCCCUUGGUGAUGUUACUUGAAUAAAAAAAGAAAAGGAUGACA